AUGCUCGCCCUCCGCUACUCACGGCGCUCAGCCAUGCGCAUCGCCCUCAAUGCCCCCCGUAUUCUCGCCCUCGAGCAAGACCUCCCCCACGCAGAAUCUAGCUCGGCCCCUUCACGACGCCAGUUCUCCAUUACCGCCCCUCAAAACCAACCCCAGCCCUCUCCUAUAGCCCAAGGGCCGAAGCGAAGAAGGGGAGGAAAGAACCAGCUGAUAGAAAAUGCUCGAAAGCUGGCCGCUGCUCUCAAAGCGGAAGAUUCAGCUGCUACCAUCAAGCCAGAACAGCAGCAAGAAGAGAAGCCUGCAAAGGCGAGCGAGGCUGAUGCCGAGUCUGGCUUCUGGGGUGGAUUGUUGAACCCUUCCCCCUCCUCUGAAUUCCCCAAGUCAACAGGCGAGAAACCUACCCUGGAAGACCUCCUCUCGAAGCGCCCCGAACGCGACCCUCCCGCACCUUGGCGUACACGCUACCCUUUGCUUUACAAACGCCUGUACAAUUCUAUCGACUCGGCAUUCGUCGUAAAGCAGCUCAGAAUGCUGGCACCCGAGCUCAAAAUAGGCUACAUCUCCAAGAGCAUCAGUAAAAGUCAACUUAUAUUGAAGAUUAUGGAUAGUUGGGGAUGGGUUGAACCCAGAGAGGCGCCCAAGCCGCCCACGACUUACAAUGAAGCAGUAUUUGAUCUUCCACCCGCUGAGCUCUUCCUGUUCCUUCAAGACCAGGCUCUGGUAGAGCAACUUGCCACAGAUGCUGGACUUCACCUCUCUGUCGUGCGCGCCUCCCAGGCGCCCUCGUCGCAUUUUCACCCCUUGAAAGAAGGGGAUGGCGACCGGAUGGUGCUAGUGGCGAGGGGUAUAGAUGACGACUUGGCGCUUGUGAAGCAGGCAUUGGAAAAGAGGCGAGAAUCCAUCAUCGAUAUCACGUUCAAGCAACAAGAGGUCUUUGGAGUGAAAGCUCCCGUCAUUCUUCUUCGAGCUGAACUCGAGUAUCGAAUCACAGCUCUGACGAGUGCAAGUGCUCAAAAGGCCAAGCAACUGUUGCAUAUGACGAUCUUUAGGGUGAAUCUUUGCCCCACCUCAUACGCCCUCUCUCCCCCACCUCAAGCAGACCCUACCCUCCUUGAGACCCCUCGCCCCACCUCUGAACAGCGCUACGCUCUCUACCCCUUCCUUCCUUGUACGACCGAACAACUUCCGUGGGACAUUGCAUUCUCCACUGCCGACAAGACAUUCUUCCGGCUGGGUCAGGUCAAAAAGUGGCAAGACAAGCCCAGCGCUCGCUCUGUCGCGCAUCGAAAGGAGAAUAUGGAGCUGAGGCCGAGUCUGAUCGCGGGAGAAGGAGAGAGAGUCUUUGGAGAGAGUGUGAGGGAGUGGGGACGGGAUGGGAAGGUGAGCGCGAGGGUGGGGCAUCUGGUGUUGCCAGUAGAGCCGGCGGAUGGCAGGACGGGGACUUGGGAUUCGCCCUUACCCGGGCAGUGGCCUCUGGAGAUGCUCACCAAGUGGUCAUCAGAGGCACGGGGGAAGGUAAACGAGUUCAUCUUUACGCCCAGUCUAUCACCUGUGAUCACCCAAUACCCUCUUCCCGGUCAACCGACUCUUUCUCGUCGGUUGAGAUACCAUUCCGCGUCAGAGCCUAGUAAAGUGGUUGUCUUUACGAACACGGAAGAGCAUGGUGCGGGCAAAGUGAGGUGGCAAGAGAAGUUUGCAAAGCUUGUGGACGAGCUGGAAAAGUCUGCAGGGUCUGCGGAAGAGGUUGAGCCAGCCGUGACUGAGCAAGAGUCUGCUGUUGAGGAUGUGAUCCGGGAACUUGGUGUAGCGGAAGGCGAGGGGCCUCUUUUCAAGCGAGAGGCACAAGUGAGCCCAGAAGAGCAUGUGGAAAGUGAACAAGCGGUGGAUGUGGUGGAUAAUGUCGAGGCGGAGGAGCUGGAAACGAAGGCCACUACGAGCAACGUCCUGACAGCCGAGUAUGGUACAAUUAAGGAGAACAACGUCUUCCUCCCGGAUAGACCAGUCGAUGUGAAACUCACCUCCACCUCUUUGCGACCACUUCUCUCCAUACCCGACGAGAUCACAUCCUUCUUCUCUUCAACACAGUUUUCGGCCGCCAACGGUGCCACUCCUCCCUCUUCCGUGGAUGUGGAAGGGGAAAGAUUUGACCUGGCAUGGGAUGAGACGGUGAGAGAGACGAGGUGGAAGAAGGAAGGAGUGGUGGUGAAGAGCGUGGAAGUAGAGGAAGGGUUGGGGAGGGGUGUUGUCUAUUCAGAGAUCGAGAAUGAAGUCGAGGGCGAGCUGUCGGAAGCGUUCUGGGCUGAAUUGGCGGAUAUUACACAAGAUAUCGGACCUGAUGCCGCGGCAUUGAAGUGA